UAAUCUUGGGCCUCCCUGUGAGUUUUCGUGAUUUAUUUCUGAUGUGGCUAGAUUUUCUAGAGAGGUGAGUGGAGAGAAACAAUACAAAACCUCCGCCACACAGCUUCACGCCUUCACCACGGUAGAGUGGGCAGGACCUUCUGCAGCGAAUGGCGUCAACUUACCCUCUCUUUGCCUGCUCCCUUCCAUUCUCGAAUCCUCGCGGUCAUCGAAGCUCUCUCAUAAAACCCUGUUUCUUUCUCCCUUCCCUUCCUCCAAAGGGAUUCAUUUUCACUUCGAGAAGAAACACCGCAAGGCAAAUUGGGGUCUAUGCGCAGAGUAAGAACAACAAAGGGAUCUCAACAACCUCCUCCGCUGUGGCCCUGGGUUCAUCCGAGACUGCGGUUGUGGCCGAAGAGAAGCUUCUCAAAGCAAAUACCGAUGAGGAGAAGAUCGUUCUUCCUACCAACGAGUCCUCAGAGAAAUUGUUGAGAAUUCGACAUACGUCCGCACAUGUAAUGGCUAUGGCUGUCCAGAAACUCUUCCCAGACGCUAAAGUGACCAUUGGACCGUGGAUAGAAAAUGGGUUCUAUUAUGACUUUGAUAUGGAACCAUUGACGGACAAAGACCUGAAGAGGAUAAAAAAGGAGAUGGAUCGCAUCAUUAGUCGGAAUUUACCACUAAUAAGAGAAGAAGUCUCCAGAGAUGAAGCUAAGAAAAGAAUAAUGACAAUCAAUGAGCCUUACAAAAUAGAGAUUUUGGAAAGCAUUAAGGCAGAUCCCAUCACCAUAUAUCACAUUGGAAAUGAAUGGUGGGAUCUUUGUGCUGGACCUCAUGUUGAUUCUACCGGCAACAUUAACAAGAAAGCUGUUGAACUUGAAUCCGUUGCUGGGGCUUACUGGAGAGGGGAUGAAAAUAAGCCAAUGCUGCAGAGGAUCUAUGGUACAGCAUGGGAAUCUGAAGACCAAUUAAAAGCAUACCUUCACUUUAAAGAAGAGGCAAAACGCCGGGAUCACAGGCGUCUUGGUCAAGAUCUUGAUCUUUUCUCUAUACAGGAUGAAGCAGGAGGAGGGUUAGUUUUCUGGCAUCCUAAGGGUGCCAUAGUUAGGCAUAUCAUAGAAGAUUCAUGGAAGAGAAUACAUAUACAGCAUGGUUAUGAUCUUCUGUACACUCCACAUGUGGCAAGGGCAGAUCUCUGGAAGAUCAGUGGUCAUCUGGACUUCUACAGGGAGAAUAUGUAUGAGCAGAUGAACAUUGAGGAUGAACUCUAUCAACUUCGACCCAUGAACUGUCCUUACCAUAUUCUGGUCUACAAAAGAAAGCUGCACUCAUACAGAGACUUUCCAAUUAGGGUUGCUGAGUUGGGAACUGUAUAUAGAUAUGAGCUGUCAGGAAGUUUACAUGGCCUAUUCCGAGUAAGAGGUUUCACUCAGGAUGAUGCACACAUUUUUUGUCUAGAAGAUCAGAUCAAGGAUGAAAUCAGGGGUGUCCUGGAUCUAACAGAGGAGAUCUUACUGCAAUUUGGCUUUAACAAGUAUGAAGUGAAUCUUUCCACAAGACCAGAGAAAGCUGUGGGAGGUGAUGAUAUAUGGGAAAAAGCAACAGCUGCUCUUAAAGAUGCUUUGGAUGAUAAGGGUUGGGACUACCAAAUUGAUGAAGGUGGGGGUGCCUUUUACGGUCCAAAGAUUGAUCUUAAAAUUGAGGAUGCUCUUGGAAGAAAGUGGCAGUGCUCAACUGUACAGGUUGACUUCAAUUUACCUCAGCGUUUUGACAUAACCUAUGUUGAUUCAAAUACGGAGAAGAAGCGGCCGAUCAUGAUUCAUAGAGCAGUACUUGGAUCUUUAGAGCGGUUUUUUGGUAUUCUCAUAGAGCAUUAUGCAGGUGAUUUUCCAGUAUGGCUUUCUCCAAUCCAAGCUCGUGUUUUACCCGUCACUGACACACAGCUUGAAUAUUGUCAUGAGGUGACUAAAAAGCUAAAAGGAAAUGGUAUCCGAGCUGAAGUUUGUCAUGGUGAGCGCCUACCAAAGCUUAUUAGAAAUGCAGAGAAACAGAAGAUUCCAUUAAUGGCUGUUGUGGGACCCAAAGAAGUUGAAACACAAACGGUUACAGUUAGAUCUAGGUUUGGAGGGGAGCUUGGGACCAUAAGUGUGGAUGAAUUUAUCAGCAGAAUUAAGUCUGCUACGGAGGACAGAAAAUCAUUUUAGAGCAAAUCUUUUAUUGGAAAUGCAAUGUUGCAAGUCUCCAGGAGUCUAGAUGCUAUUUAUUCUAUGUAUUUAUGGUGUUGUACACAGAGGGAAAAAUAAAACAAAAUUACAGCUGAAAGGAAAAAAAAGAAUCAAUUUUCUACUUGCAGAAUAUAAAUGCUCUUUCAGAUGUUUACAGACUAUUUAAUGCAAGUGCAUUGUAUUAUUGUAUGCAA